AUGUGCAUCAAACAUACAAUACUCGUCAUCAUUACAAUCAUACAUUUCACUUUCGGAUUCAUUGCGUACGAUUGUCAUGGGCCUGCUCAAAAUGUCACGUCCUUUGACAGCUUAGAAGUGGACAACUGUGAUUUUCCAAUAGCAUCAACAACCCAACAGGUACCGAGAAUACAAUUACUACAAAGGAUUGAAACUUACCCUGUUCAUUUUAAGUCGUGUUUGAUAACAGUUGAUUAUUUAAUAACAAGAUGCUCACUAUUUGAAGAUGCACAAUUAGUAGAGGGAGGGUAUUUUUCUGAAGUCGUAGAUUUAGGAAAUGCUCGAUGUUCGGAAAUUCAUCAAAAAUGUUCAUAUACAUUUCCCCUGGGAGGUAUAGUAACGGAUUUGCAAAUGAACGAAACAACAUUAAUAUCGCACACAGUGGCAGGAUCACUAGACAGAUUUGGAAAUUGUAGAGGCAUGAAUUUUAAAUCGAGUAGAGGAGAAUGGGAAGACGUCGUAGUACAAGCUAAAUUCAAAAUAUAUUUAUCAGAAGGUUCGGCUAUAGCAAAUACCAAAGAUAACACUCUCAUACUUCCGUCGGGUACAAAAAUGAAAUUGUCCGAUAACUAUGGUAUUGACACGUUUAAAGGUGAAACCGUAUGGACAAAUAACCAUUUUAAUUGUGAAGAACAAGAUUUCGUUGUUUUAUUUGAUGGCCCAGCAUCAUUGAUAACCUCGAUCACUAACGAUAACUCCAGUAUAUAUACGUAUAUCGUAGAGUCGGACAAAAUAGUAUUUGCUCUCAAAAAAAUAAAAAAAACAUUUGCCUGUGAAAUUCCAGUAAUUCAAACGGAACACCCUCAAUUAGUUAUUCUUACAGAUUCUAUGUUUUUAAAUCAUUUUCAAAUAAAAUCUAUUUCUCCUCAAAACACUGAUUUAAUGGCGUACAUAAACACAAAAUUUGUUUAUGUAGAAAAUGUUUUCAAAUCAACAAUAUCCGCAUCAUACAAUGAUUUAUUACAAAAACAAUGCGUGCUUGAACGGCAAUUAUUACAGCAAAGACUUACAUUAGCCUCAAACAAUCUUCCGGAGUUUGCGUAUAUCAUGGGCGGUGGUCCAGGUUACACCGCCGUCAAACACGCCGAAAUAAUUUAUUUAAUUAAAUGUAAAAAGUUAGUGUCGAUGUAA